GGGUCCAGAAAUGACCAAACCAUAGAGACAACACGUAGUCCCGUAUAGAGACAAUGAGGAGUGAAGUGCUAUUAUCGCUUUUGUUGCUUUUUGUGGCAAUUCAGCCCUUUCCCGGCGCAUUAUGCCAGGAUUAUCAGGUAGCGCAAGCGGGACCAAAUGAAUCCGAUAAGAAGAUUCGCCAGGUGAGAGAUGUGGCCUGCCACGAGAGUAGCGAAUCAGAUGAAAGUCAUGAAAGUCAUGAACAUUCCAAUGAAGUUCAUGAAGAUGAGGAAGGACAUGAUGAUGAAGAAGAGCCCGAGGAGAGACGCAAAAGGAGCGUACCUCCGUAUCCUGAUCCACGAUCACAGCCUCAUCAGGAUUUCCCAAAGCCACAGAAGUUUUUCGGGAGAUUCCGAAGAUUCGCCAAAGGGACUGGAGCACUCCCCCAACGGAAGGGAUAAAAAAGGACAAUAAUUAAUAUUUUUUUCUUUUUGUGGAAAAGGGAAUGAUAAAUAAAUCAUUUGGGUAAAAAAUAGA